CUAGAAGCAGCUGGUCUCACAGGCUGAUAUUUUGUUUUUGUUGCUGUUCGCUGAGUUGUUUUAUGUUUAAUCGAAGUUGCGCAUAAAUUUAUCUGCAAAUCGUACGCAGUUCGCGGGCUUAAAUGCAGCCACCCCCUUUCAGUUGCUUUCGCUAGCACUUCGAUUCCCAGACACUGGUCAUCAGACGCACUCACACUCAUACACACAUAUACUCAGAACGAAGCAAGGACUCAAGGAUUCGAUUCAAGGACUGCAGCAACAACAACAACACAGCCGCGAUGUCGGUGGCCGGGCUUCGACAAUGUCUGCUGCUGUGGAGCGUCGACUACUGGAAUUUGGAAGUCAUGGCGGACAAUGUCUUCAAGUCGCACGAUAUCGGGCUGCGGGCGCAGAAGAAGAUCCUCUCACGCAUGGCCACCAAAAACAUCGCCAAGACCUUCAUCGAUGGCACGACGGCGUCGCUGCUGGACAACCUCUACAGGCUCUGCAAGAUGCACACGGGGAACAAGGCCAAGGCGGAGAAGCUGAUCAAAAACAUCAUCAAGAUCGUGAUCAAGAUCGGUGUGCUCCACCGGAACAAUCAGUUCAGCGACGAGGAGCUGCAGAAAGCGGAGCUCUUUAAGAGAAAGUUUCAGAACACGCAGCUGUCCAUCAUAUCAUUCUACGAAGUGGACUUCACGUUCGACCUGCCCUACCUGCAAAAGUCAAUAGCCGAAUCGCAAGUGGCGCUGAAGUCGAUUGUGCAGCCGCAUCUCACAGAGAAGUCGCUGGGCCGCAUCGACGAGGUGUUCGAUUUCUUCGGCGAGGAGGCGCUGCUGGAGACGGCUUUCCGAGCGGACUCCCCCUACCGCGAGGUGAUGGGAAAGAUCGUGGCGGACAUAAACGCCGCCAUGGAAACAGGAGAUAUCUGAGGGGAGCCGCGAAGCGAGCUGAGCUGUAAUUGCGUGCUAUGAACGAAAGGCUAUCUAUCGAAACCAAAAAGCAGCCAGUAGCUAGCUGCGAAUGGAAAACGCUUGCUUAAAGCUCACCCACCAACACCACCACCACCAUCACCACCAAAAUACAAAAUCUAGGUAUAGAUAUGGGCCAGCAGCGGAAGAGAGGGCGCAGAGCUGGGAAGGAAAGGAAAAAGACAUGUGUUUAAGGAGGAGUUUAAUUUAGUUCAACUAGUGAUAUACCAUUGACAACAAUAUCAAAAGUGUAAAGACGUCCGUAUUGAUUAUUUUGAUGACAACGUUAACAUUCGUGUACUCAAGGUCUAUGUAGUAGUAAUUAGGAAGAACCAAAUGCAUUUCGCCAAAGGAAUUCACUAAACGGAAAUUGUAAACUCGAGCAAAAUGCUUUUAUCGGUGUGUAAGUUGAUCGUUGAUCGUACGUGUGAAAGUAACUAUAUGUAUAAGUCUAAGUGUUAUAUGGGAAAUACUUCAGCACAUAAGCAAUUACUUAUUCGUGGUCUACUUUUUGAUACUCCCAAACUCGCUGUGUGCACCCGCAAGUAACUAUAUCACCGUCUUAGUCAGACCUUUGCGUACUUAACCGAUCGCCGCCGAUCGGAGCCACCCAUCUCACCUGCAGUCGUCAGUCGAUGCUAAGUUGGUUAUGCUAAGUCGUCACCAGAACCUGUUUCUAUUUCUAUUCGUAUUUGUAUUCGUAUUCGUAUUCCAAGCCUCCAAGGGGUCGGUAACCUUAAGCAUUAUUUAUGAUACUCCCACAAUGAUAUUCCAACUACCCGAAACAUAUCGAAACUAUCUGAAAGGCAACAUAGCUAAGGGGACAAUAAGUUGUUUGCAUUUUUCUAUGACUUUUGGUUCGAUAUUCCAGCGAUGGAGGCACAAGUUUAGUGGUUUAGAUUUUAAAUAUUUAUUUGUUUACCAACAAAACUAUGUUGACUAUAAAAAUAAAAGCAACAAUUACCAAAAA